AACCGUCUACCCUUGCGAAAAACGUCUUCAUCAUGGCAUAUAAAGGAGCACAUUUGGCUUUUAAGUCGCGCUGGCACAAAACAGACGAAGAACUCUGUCGCCACAGCAUGUCCUUUGACUUGCAUAAGGCAAUCCAAAAUGACUUCUUUCAGAGUUACCUUUAUCUGCUGGAAAAGCUUCCCCUGGUGAAACUUUACGCUUUAACAAGUCAAGUUAUCAAUGGGGAGAUGCAGUUCUACGCCAGGGCCAAACACUUCUACCAGGAGGUACCAGCCACAGAAGAGGGCAUGAUGGGAGACUACAUUGAGCUCUCCAAUAUAGACGUUGAAUCCUCCAGGGAAUUUCUCAGGAAGUUUGUUGGGGGGGUGGGGAAAGCUGGCACCAACCGCGCCCUGGACUGCGGCUCUGGGAUAGGUCGGAUCAGCAAGCAUGUCCUGUUACCAGUUUUCAAGAGCGUGGAACUGGUGGAUAUGAUGGAGAAUUUCCUGGCUGAGGUCCCGAACUACCUGCAGGGCAAGGAGGACAGAGUAGAGAUGUAUUAUUGCAAAAGCCUCCAGGAAUUCACUCCAGCCCCACAAAGAUAUGAUGUCAUCUGGAUUCAGUGGGUUUCAGGCUAUCUGACAGAUAAAGAUCUCCUGAAGUUUCUCAUCCGGUGCCAGAACGGCUUGAAGGAUAAUGGUGUUAUCAUUCUCAAGGACAAUGUAGCCAGGGAGGGCUGUAUCCUGGAUUGUCUGGAUAGUAGUGUGAUCCGAGACCUCAACAUCCUCCACAGCCUCAUUGAAAUGAGCGGACUCACCAUCCUACGAGAGGAGAGGCAGGAGGGAUUCCCUGAGCAGUGUGUCCCUGUCUGGAUGCUGGCCAUGCAGAAAGGCCCUGGCCAUUCCUGACUGCAUAAUGUGACAGCAGAUACUGGACUAUGAAUGAACCACAGGACUGGGGAGGAGAAAGGGGAAGAAAAGCAUCUGCUGGAAUCCUGCUAACCAUGUACUGCUACUGCUGUAACUGUAGGACAGGAUCAGAGGAGAAUUAAAAUUGAGCCAGCUUCUCCAGGGAAUAGGCUGCUUCUAAAUCCUGCCUGUUUCAUCAUACCCUCUGUUUUUAAAAGCCUUUCUAACAGCUCCUUGUGAGAUUUCUCUUUCAUUAAAGAGUCAAUGCUAUGACAAAACUCAA